CAUACAUCUUAAUAAAAUUUUCUCUCAUGUUUACACAAAGAACGGGCUGAAUUUUGUUUCAUCUGGUUGAAUUUUGGUGUGGUAGGAGUCUCAGGUGGGGUGGCAGGAGACCUGAAAACUUAUUGAGGCAAAUCACUAGGAACUGGUCUAAGCUAAGGGAAAGGGUUGGAACACGUGCUCUUUAAGGUUCCUUCAGCUGUAACGGUCUGUGAUGAAAUGAACCUAUCACAUCUUCAUAAACAUGAUUUGUUGGAUUUCAGUGGCUCCCUGAGACUGUUUAGCACAGUGUUGGUAAUCAAGUUGAAUUGUAAUAUCCUUUCAAAGCAAGGUCUGGAGUAGGCAACUUAGAGAAAAACCAAUAAAUACAGUACAUAGGAGGCAAAUUUGGCUUGAUUGAAAACAUAUUUACGUAUUUUUUAAAAUUUUAAAUAGAUCCUUGAGUAAUUGAGUAGUUUUCUAAGUAAAGUAUAAGCAAAAAUGAUCUUCUCCCCUUUUUUUCUGUAUAGAAUAUGGGUUCUGCCACAGUAAGAUGGUUCUACAUACCAUUGGGCUCCAUGAUGCUCAUCAGUCUGGUUAAUGCUGAUUUUGAAUUUCAAAAGGGAGUGCUUGCCAGCGUCAGCCCCGGAAUCACAGAAGACAUUGAUCUCCAGUGUUGGAACACUUGCUCUUUGACAGUGAUGGAGCUGAAGGAACUUAAGAUAGAGCAUACUGUGGAUGCUUUCUGGAAUUUCAUGUUGUUCCUGCAAAAAUCCCAGCGGCCCAGACAUUACAAUGUCUUCUUAAACAUAGCUCAGGAUUUCUGGGACAUGUAUGUAGACUGCUUGAUUUCAAGAUCUCAUGGAAUGGGCAGAAGACAGGUGUUGCCUCCCAAGUAUAAUUUUCCACAGAAGAUAACAGGAGGUAAUUCAUAUAGUACUGAUAUAAGAAUAGCAGGUAAUUUAAGUAUGUACUUAUAA